AUGCUAGAUGCACAUCCUGACGUGAGAUGCGGUCAAGAAACUCGAGUAGUGCCACGAAUACUUCAAAUGAGACAACACUGGGCGCGCUCGCAGAAGGAAAGUGUAAGACUAGAGCAGGCCGGUGUUUCAAAAACUGUUUUGGAUAACGCUAUCGCUGCGUUCUGCCUAGAAGUUAUUGUUCGCCAUGGGGAUCCAGCGAAACGACUGUGCAAUAAAGAUCCUCUAGUUUUAAAAAUGGGGACUUAUGUUUUAGAACUAUUUCCUAAUGCCAAAUUUUUGUUUAUGGUACGAGAUGGCCGGGCCACAGUACAUUCUAUUAUAACUAGAAAGGUUACAAUAACUGGAUUUGAUUUGACAAGCUAUAGACAGUGCUUGACCAAGUGGAAUCAUGCAGUGGAGCUGAUGUAUCAGCAGUGCAAGUCAUUAGGCCCGGAGCGCUGUUUGCUCGUGCGCUACGAGGCGCUCGUGAUGGCCCCUGAGCAAACGUUACGCAACGUAUUGGCAUUCUUAGAUCUUCCUUGGAGCGAUGCGGUGCUACAUCACGAAAGAUACAUAAAUCAGCCCAACGGCGUAGCUUUGUCCAACGUGGAGCGAUCGUCAGACCAAGUUGUACGCCCAGUAAACCUGGACGCACUGGAUAAAUGGGUCGGUGCGGUCCCGAGUGACGUCCGAGCGGAGAUGGCCGACCUGGCGCCGAUGCUGUCCGUAUUGGGCUACGAUCCGUGGGCCAACCCGCCUCGUUAUUCGGAUCUAGUCCACCUUGACCAGAAAAACCAGGACACGCACCACUCCCAACCUCCUUGA